AUGCUUCUCGCCGAGGAUCCCGCGACGCUCAUCCACCACACCAUUGACAACUUCAACAUCCAGCCCGAUAAACAAGCAUGCGCCCGCAUCAAUGAGUCCCUCUCGACCCUCCAACAAGCCCGCGACCUGCGCGCCCGCGAAGCCGAAAAUGCCCUCAAGAAGCUCUCCCGCACCCUCAACACCAUGACCUCCCAACACAACGACCUGACAGCCUCGCACUCCUCCGCAGCCCACGCCUCGGAAAUCGCAUCCCUCGACACGCAAAAGUUCCGCACCGCAAAGGCCGCCUCGGACGCCGAGGUCGAAGCAGAGCGCCUCGCCGCCCAGGCCGCCGACCUCGCCGCGCGGCUGCAGGAGCUCGAGGUCCAGGGCGUCGACGGCGCCGCCGACGAGGAGGCGCGCAGGAGGCGCGCGCGCGACCCCCUGGAGGACGAGGUGCUGCUGCGGCUGAGCGUGUACCGCGGGCUCGGCAUUGAGAUUGAGCGGGACGAGAAUGAGGGCGGCGGCGGAGAGGUCUUUUCUAGGGCUGUGGUGCGGAAUGACCGCAAGGGGGAUGUGCAUGUUGUCAACAUGGACAAGAAGUUUAGCAAGUUUUUCUAUGCCAACUAUUUCUGGCAGACCCUGUAG